CCACCCUUUUGUUUCUCUCUCCUCUUUCUUUCUUUCUUUUUUUUUGUUUCUCUAUUCGUUCUUUGUUUUCUUGGCCUGGUUUGCUUUGAGUUAGAGUCUUAGAGAUGGGAAGGCAACCUUGUUGUGACAAAGUUGGGCUGAAGAAGGGGCCAUGGACAGCUGAAGAGGACAAAAAGCUCAUCAAUUUCAUCCUUACCAAUGGUCAAUGCUGCUGGAGAGCUGUUCCUAAGCUUGCAGGAUUGUUAAGGUGUGGGAAGAGUUGCAGGCUUAGAUGGACAAACUAUCUCAGACCUGAUUUGAAGAGAGGAUUGUUAUCAGAAUCUGAGGAACAGACAGUUAUUGAUCUGCAUGCUCGUCUGGGAAACAGAUGGUCCAAAAUUGCAUCCCACCUUCCUGGUAGAACUGAUAAUGAGAUAAAGAAUCACUGGAAUACCCACAUCAAGAAAAAAUUGAAGAAGAUGGGAAUAGAUCCUCUAACCCACAAGCCAAUCUCCAUUUCAACAGAACAGCCACAACAAGUGCACAACUGUCCUAUGGUUGCCAUUGAUGAAGAAGACCAAAACAAGAGCCAAGAGACUUCCAUGCAGUCAUCCAUUACUGAAAUAAAAGAGGAAAAUCAGAUCAAUACAAGCCCAUUUAUCUAUACAGAUAACAGUGAUGGUUUCUGCACUGAUGAAGUCCCUAUGGUUGAACUUGAUGAGAUUCUAGUCCCCCGCCGUCCCUCUUCAUCAACUUCUUCCUCUUCUUCUUCUGGUUCAUAUGGAAAGCAGGAAGACUUGCAGUCAUCCAUUACUGAGAUGAAAGAGGAAAACAAGAUUAGUACAAGCCCAUUUAGCUAUACAGAUAAUAGCGAUGGUUUCUGGACUGAUGAAGUCCCCAUGAUUAAACUUGAUGAGAUUCUAGUCCCCUGCCUUCCCUCUUCAUUAACUUCUUCCUCUUCUUCUUCUUCUGGUUCAUAUGGAAAGCAGGAACACUUGCAGUCAUCCAUUACUGAGAUAAAAGAGGAAAAUCAGAUCAGUACAAGCCCAUUUAGCUAUAAAGAUAAUAGUGAUGGUUUCUGCACUGAUGAAGUCCCCAUGAUUGAACUAGAUGAGAUUCUAGUCCCCUGCCUUCCCUCUUCAUCAACUUCUUCCUCUCCUUCUUCUGGUUCAUAUGGAAAGCAGGAAGACUUGCUGUUUUCCAGCUUAGAGUGGCCAGACUACGAUGACAUUAGUUUUUGGUCUGAUUUCAACUGUUGGGAUUUGAUUUCUGAAGAUGGUGACAGAAAACUAGCCGUUGAUCCUCCUCUUAGCCAGCACUCUAGAAUGAUUUUGGAUCAAGAGUCCUGGAAAUUUUAGUUAUUGUGAGUUAUAACUUCAACACUCCUCAAUUUGGGCUUGUUUUCAAUUGUAUGUCACAAUAAAACACAACCCAUCUCUGAUACCUCUCUCUUCAGAAAUGAGAAUAAGAAAUUAUGUAAUAUUAGCUAGUAAAUUUUCCGUUUUCUCCUCCUUUUGGUGGUUCUUCCCUCUCUCCUCUUUCAUAAA